UGGCUUCUCGCGCAAACCUCUGAAUCCGAGUGGCUUAAUUUACACACGGUGAACCGCUGAGACACUCUGCACAUUUCAGAGGCACUGAAGGGCAUUUUAUACUCCUUUAGGAUAUUCCGUUACGUGAAAACCCUCGGGCUCCGUGUAACAAUGGAGGCAUAUUUACGGAGCUGUCGCGAUGUGCUUAAGGCUUGUAGUAAGAACAGCCCAGGGCUGCAUGUCGUAAUGGGAAAUGAGGCUUGUGAUAUGGACUCCAUGGUAUCAGCCCUGACCUUCGCCUACUUUCUUUCAAAGAGUCUUGAUUGUAAGAGGAUGCCGGUCCCUGUGCUCAACAUCCCACGGGCUGAGUUCCCCUUGCACUCUGACAGCACCUUUCUGCUGAGAGAGACCGGUCUGUCGCAGGACUGCCUGCUGUUCAGAGACGAGGUGGACCUCCACGGCCUGCACAAGAACAAACAGCUGACACUGACCCUGGUCGACCACAAUGUUCUGCCCAGUGCUGACAGUGAGCUGGAGGACGCAGUUGUGGAAGUGAUUGACCAUCACCUCCUACAGAGGCCCACAUCCCCCUCCUGUCCCAUCACUGUGGAGCCCGUGGGCUCCUGUGCCACCUUGGUGACUGAGCGCAUUGCCCAAAAAGCACCUGAGGUGCUCGACCAACAAGUGGCUCAGCUUUUAUACGGUACCAUUAUACUAGACUGUGUUAACAUGGCACCUGAAGCUGGUAAAGUCACCCCUAAGGACAGCCAGUACGCCGUCUUUUUGGAGAAACGUUUUCCAAAACUGCCUAAGAGGGGCGCUCUCUUUCAGUCGCUACAGAAUGCCAAGUUUGACGUGUCAGGCCUCUCUACAGAACAGAUGCUGUUGAAAGACAUGAAAGCAGCAUCUGGUGGAGAUCUAAAAUUGGCUGUCAGUGUCAUUUACAUGACACUAGAGGCUUUUCUUCAGAGGCGUGGACUACAGCAGGACCUCUGUGAGUUCUGCCACAAUCACAACUACAACCUGGUGGUUGCCAUGACAAUCUCUUUCAUUGAUAACAAGCAGCCCCUCCGACAGCUAGCCGUCUACAGCUCCAGCACUGUCUACAGGGAAGAGAUGAGUAAAGCACUAGAAAAAGCCAAAAACCCCAGUCUGGACCUUAAGCCAAUGAGCAGUCCAUAUCCAGAUGUGAAGGCCUUUAUACAGGGUAACACAUUAGCAUCCCGCAAGAAGGUAAUGCCCAUAAUCGCAGACUUCCUGAAGGAGAGGGAAAGAAAAGUGUAUCAAAGUGGGAACAUAGAGGACCUAGAUCUGGACGAUGAUUCUAAUCAGGACCAGAGUGACUCACAACAAUGUCCCGAGGACGCUGGGAUAGAGGACGAUGGCCAGGUUCCUCCAACGCCAAUGAACAGUCUUGUGGAAGGUUGUCCCUUGGACAAUGGCCUACCAAAAAUCAGUCCUGAGGUUUUGGUGGAGAAAGUUACCAAGAUGGCCAGCAUGGAGGACACGUCAUCUGAGGGACAGUGAUGAGAAUCUGUUGUCCAAGAGAGUCUUGAAUUAGAGCUGGAGAAGGAAAGUCCUUCUGCGUCUUCAAGAGGAUGAAGUUCAUAUCCAACAGUGCUGCAUCAGGGCUUGAGAAGGAAAUGGCACUUUAUUGAUCUGGUUAACUCACAAAAGGUACGAUACAGUCUGAAGAGACCAUUCAUUCGAAUGGAGCAUUACAAAAAUGCAUUUUAUAUACAAUUUUUAAAGUUUGACUAUCGUAAAAAACAAUUCCGAUUUAGGCUGUUUAUUUAUUGUUCGCAGUCAUAUUCAUAUUUAAUCUUCUAAAUUAAUCAGAAGUCUCAUUGAGACAUAUAAACAUUUACACAUAUUAUCUAAAAUUGACAAUAAGCACCCAGUGCAAGCUAGCAACUGACAGUUAAUGGAAUAAACUGAUUCCGAAUGAAUUUCCGGUAUUAUACAAUUAAUUAUAACGUGGUAGCUAUUGUUGCUUUUGAUACAAAUAACAUACUUAAUUCUUUGUAGUGUUAAUUAAAGAAGUUAUUUUCAGCUUGUCUGCAGAUCAUGUCUGUGGCAUGGCAUUGAUUCCCACAGAAAAUCGUUUUGACUUCUCCCUUGAUUUACAAAACCGAAUGGAAAAUGCAUUUAAAGUAACACUCUUACAGUUUUAUCCUAGUCAUGAUUUCAGUUAAACUUUGAAACAAUACUAGAGUUGCAUAUUAACAUUUAUAAAUUAUAUAUUAUUAUUAUUAAUUUUUUUUCAGUGCUGCCUGUUUGUCUGCAAACAGUGCAAGUAUAUCAGCAUUUACACAGUUCCUUUUGGGAUGAGUCAGAAUGAUUGUGUGGUAAUUAGCAGCGUGCCAAAGAUGCAAUCCGUAGAUCUUAAAUUGAUGACGUUAUGUCAUUUUAUCUCACGCAGCAUCAAAUGUAAAUGAAGAUGAACAUUCUUUGAAUUAGUACAUCUUGUCAUGAUUCCCCAGUAAUAUUGUAAAGGAGUUAUUGUUGGUACGUGAAAAGUGACCUGUGGCCUUUUGCAUGUUAUAGGUGUUAACUGACCUGCUCCUGAUUAGAAUCAGGGCACCUGCAUUUUAGCCAAUGAGAUUUUACCAUUAACUACCAAAGACCUCAGCUGUAUUUGUGUGUUCGGCAUGUUAAACAUUUGGGAUUUAAAACUUUAGUAUUCUGUUCAUUUCUAUUAUGUUAUCUUACAUAAUUUCUUUGAUGAUUUGACGGCUGUUGGGUAAAUUAGGGUUGAAAAAAAUGAGUUUGUUGAGAUUUUCAUGAACGGUCCGUUUGAUUUUUUUUAUACGCCCAGCAGCUUAUUAGCAGAUUCAAUCAUACUGGACUAUCAUCAUAAUUAUAAUAUUCAUUAUAUUAAUAAAUACAAAAGCUCAAUUCAAGGCAUUUUAAAGGCCUAAUUGGACAAAUCUUAUAUAAUGACGUUCUGUCAGACAGUUAUAUAAAGAGGUUUUUUCCCCAUAGAAGAUAAAGAGCUAAUUUAGUUACGACUUAAG